CCGCGCGGCCCCGAAGGCUCUGAGGCGGAAGUGAGACGCCGGAAGCGGCCGUUGCCAUGGAUCCUGAAGAGGACUGGCUGGUGGAAUCCUUGCGCUUGUACCAGGAUUUCUAUGCAUUCGACCUCUCAGGAGCCACUCGAGUCCUUGAAUGGAUUGAUGACAAAGGAGUCUUUGUUGCUGGCUAUGAAAGCCUGAAAAAGAAUGAAAUUCUUCAUCUGAAAUUACCACUCAGACUUUCUGUAAAGGAAAACAAGGGCUUAUUCCCAGAAAGAGAUUUCAAAGUGCGCCAUGGAGGAUUUUCAGACAGGUCUAUCUUUGAUCUAAAGCACGUGCCACAUACCAGAUUGCUGGUGACUAGUGGCCUUCCAGGUUGUUAUCUGCAGGUGUGGCAAGUUGCAGAGGACAGUGAUGUCAUUAAAGCUGUCAGCACCAUUGGUGUGCAUGAGAAAGAGGAGAGUCUCUGGCCUAGGGUGGCUGUCUUCACCUCAAUGGCACCUAGAGUCCUCCAUGGGGCGAGACUCCGCAGUCUGCAGGUCGUUGAUCUGGAAUCCCGGAAGACCAUGUACACCUCAGAUGUCAGUGACAGUGAGGAGCUGAGUAGCCUGCAGGUCCUAGAUGCAGACACCUUUGCCUUCUGCUGUGCUUCGGGCCGGCUGGGGCUUGUUGACACCCGCCAGAAGUGGGCACCGUUGGAGAAUCGCAGCCCUGGCCCUGGGUCUGGUGGAGAGAGAUGGUGUGCCGAAGUUGGGAGCAGGGGCCAGGGCCCUGGGCCCAGCAUUGCCAGCCUUGGCUCAGAUGGGCAUCUUUGUCUUCUUGACCCCCGGGAUCUCUGCCAUCCUGUGAGCUCAGUCCAGUGCCCAGUAUCCAUACCUAGCCCUGACCCAGAGCUGCUACGAGUGACUUGGGCCCCAAGCCUGAAGAAUUGCUUGGCCAUCUCAGGUUUUGAUGGUACAGUCCAGGUCUAUGAUGCCACAUCUUGGAAUGGAACGCAGAGCCAAGUAGAACCUCUCUUCACUCACAGAGGUCACGUCUUCCUAGAUGGAAGCGGGACGGACCCUGCUCCUUUGGUCACCACCCACACCUGGCACCCCUGCAGACCAAGGACUUUGUUAUCAGCAACAAAUGAUGCCUCUUUGCAUGUGUGGGAUUGGGUGGACCUUUGUGCCCCCUGCUGACACCAGCAUCUUUCCAUCCAGGCCUCUAGAAAGGGGAGGAGCUGCUGUAGUAGCAAGGCUACUGAUGUAGGACUCAAGUGACUGCCAGUCCCUGUUACCAGCUGUGUGGCCUUGGGCAAGUACACCAGCGUCACUUAGCCUCAGGUUCCUUAUCUGUAAAAUGAGGAUAGUAAGAACUACCUCCUAGUGAUAUUGUGAAGGUUAGAAGAAAUGCAUGGUGUAACUACUUAGUAGCUACUGUUACAUCUAGGAGUGUAAAAUGGCAGUGUUUUGUCCCUGUCUUCACACUAGCAUAGGAAGAAUCGAAAGAGCUAACAAACAUGCUUUGUGAAUUUUUUUAAAGAAAAAAAUGUAGAGGGGCCAAUAAACAUAAAAAAAUCCCAGCCCUAGUAGCAAUUAAGGAAAUAGCAAAACAAGAUUUCUGCUCAUCUUGAGUGGUUCUCAUGGGUACACAGGUGCACUUUCCCACACUUGUCCCCCCAAGUGACUAGGUUCAAGGGACAUUUGCUUUUGGUGGCCCCACAAACAUUUCCUUUUGAGGGCCCAUAGUGAAUAUUAAAGUGUGCUGGACAUGGUGGCUCAUACCUGUAAUCCCAGCACUUUUGGAGGCUGAGGUGGGCAGAUUGCUUGAGCUGAGACCAGCCUGGGCAACAUAGCAAGAUCCUGUCCCUUAAAAAAAAAAAAAAUUGGCUGGGCAUGGUGGCUCAUGCCUGUAAUCCCAGCAAUGUAGGCAGCCAAGAAAGGUGGAUUACUCGAGUCCAAGAGUUCGAGACCAGACUGAGUAACAUGGUGAAACCCUGUCUCUACUAAAAAUAGAAAAAUUAGCUGGGUGUGGUGGUGUGAGCCUGUAGUCCCAGCUACUCAAGAGGCUGAGGUGGGAGGAUUGCCUGAGCCUGGCAGGUGGAGUUUUCAGUGAGCUGUGACCAUGCCACUGUAUUCCAGCCUGGGCAACAGAGUGAGACCCUGUCACAUACACACACACACAAUAGGUGAUAAGGUUAAAUAAGUUGUUCACUCUGUCAGCAUCUAUUAAGCCCUUCCCAUGUGCAACACUAACUACAUGCUAGAAAUACAUAAAUGAGAGGCUUCCUAAGGUGGCUGAAUUAUUAUUAUUAUUAUUAUUAUUAUUUUUGUAGAAAUGCAGUCUUGCUCUGUCGCCCAGGCUUGCGUGCAGUGGCGUGAUCUCAGCUCACUGCAACCUCCACCUCCUGGGUUCAAGCAAUUCUCCUGCCUUAGCCUCCCAAAUAGCUGGGACUACAGGUGCAUGCUGCCACACCCAGCUAAUUUCUUUUGUAUUUUAGUAGAGACAGGGUUUCACCGUGUUGCCCAGGCUGGUCUCAAACUCUUGAGCUCAGGCAAUCCACCCACCUUGGCCUCCCAAAGUGCUAGGAUAACAGGUGUGAGCCACCGUGCCCGGCCAAAGGUAAUUCUUAAAGAAAAAAAGAAUGUCAUGCCACAGCCCAUCAGUGACUUUUGACAGAUAUUUGAGUAAGCUCUUUUCCAAAAACACGACUCAUGACUUAAUCAGAUUAUUUCAUAAAUCUAAUUGGUAUACUCAUAGUAUGUGUAAAUUGUGCUUUGUUUUGCAAUUCUAGAAAGUUGUGGGAAAAAAGGUUAAACACACGAAAAGAACCAUUUUCAGAGGUAGAAACUGUAUUCCAUUUAUUUCUAAAUCCCAUUUGUUCUGUACAUGAGUCCUUCCAGGGUCUCUGUUCGGCUCUUAGAGAGAGGCUCAAAUCCACAGGAACCCGUUGGCCUACACGUAGACUCUUCCCCAGGAUCUGGAGACCCCAGCCCUGAGGACACCUGAGCAUAGACAGGAACUAGUGCGCUUGAAGAAGGUGAUAGAGAGGUAAGCUCUCCAACUAGGACACUUCUUAAUGCCACGGUUCCUAGUUACUGCUCUGGACAUAUACAGAAAAGGCUUUUUGUACUUCAUUAUUCUGGCUCACAACCUUCUAGACCCAGUCUCACAUUUUUAGGAUACAGUAUGAGCUGUAAGGCUCUACUGCAAGCGCUGUUGCGCAUUUAAAGCAAUCCUGCCACACAAAUUCUACUUAGAUUGAAUUGUAAAAUUGCUGGUUUUGUAGACCAAAACAGCAAUCUUGUAAGGUUCAAUCCAAUACAUUGAGAGGAGGAGUAAGUUAUGGUUAAAAAGCCAACCUCUAGUGUUGGAACUAUUAUUCUCCUUUCCCUUCCUCCAAAGGAUUAAGUAUAUAGAAUGCUUUCCUCUCAAUUGAUGCCAAGUCAAUCCUAAGAAAAGGCAUUUGGGGAAAUGUAGACAUGUUCUGAGCCCCAGUCCUCUCAGAGAACAAUAGACCUUUAUGAUUUCCUUUAGUUAAUAAACCCAUGUCUAGCUGCCAGGUGCUUAGAAUAGCCCACAGCUGACCCAACCAUCAUUAACAUCAUCAGUGCAGUAGUGCAGAGCCGCCUCUGUCCUUGAGGGAGGGUCUCAGAGACAAGAAUCUCACCCCAUUGCCAAACUGAAAGUUAAGGCACAGAAUCACAGUGAAGACUCACUGAGAUGGUGACAUAAUCAAAUUCAGAAGUAGUCUCUGAAGACUCUGGAAACUGACUUGUCUCAACAGCACAAAUAAGAAAACCCUGACUGCUAUUUCAUAAGCCAAGUGAGUGUUUAGUGAGAGAGAGAAAAGUCUGUCAGACUGAAAUCUUAAUUUUCUCUUUAUCUCAUGUGAGUGAUGUGGUAGAGAAUCAAGGGCAAGACAAACCCUUUCUUGGGAUAGAUUUCCUACUGUUUUCAGCCUCAAUGCUUUAAAAACAUUUCUUCUACAUUUAGGGAACAUUUAGAGUCUCCCAUGUGGGUUCUCUGAUGUGCACUAAAAUGUGAACUAUUGUUGAAUCACCUCCCACAUUCACUACAUUCAUAGGGGCUUUUUUCUUUUCUUUUCUUUCUUGAGAUGGAGUCUUGCUCUGUCACCAGGUUGGGAUGCAGUGGUACGAUCUCGGCUCACUGUAACCUACGACUUCCUGGUUCAAGCAAUUCUCCUGCCUCAGCCUCCCAAGUAGCUGUAAUUACAGGCACACACCACCAUGUCCGGCUAAUUUUUGUAUUUUUGGUAGAGACGGGGUUUCACCAUGUUGGUCAGAAUGGUGUUAAUCUCCUGACCUUGCAGUUCACCCACCUUGGCCUCCCGAAGUGCUGGGAUUACAGGUGGGAGCCACCGCGCCCAGCCAGGGGUUUUCUCCUGUGUGAAUUUGCUGCUGUAUAAUGAGACUUGAGCUCUGAUUAAAGCUUUUCCCACAUUCCCCGCA